UGAUCAAUGACGACCAUAGACUUAUCAAGUUUGUCAAGUCAUUCGAACAUUAGAAGGUAUUCUCGUUUUUACUUUGAAAUUUAAGAACAAACACAGUCAAAAUGCCUAUCGAAAACUUGGAAGAUCAAGGGUUGGAAAAGAACCCUGACUUAGACCUGGCUAGAUACAAAUUUCUCCUCACAAUACCCGAUUACAAAGAAAUAGAAAAUGUCAAGACUGAACUUUUGAAAGCUAUACAGGAAAAUGAUAUGGCUCCUUUUUAUGAAUUUAUCUGUAAAGAUUCCAAUUGGAAAAAAGAUGCUAAGUUAUUGACCACGAUGAAAACAAAGAAUGCUGAACAAAUUAAGAAAUUGGAUGAAGCAAUUGAAGACGCUGAAAAAAAUCUAGGUGAGAUGGAGGUAAGAGAGGCUUACCUCAAGAAAGCGGAAUAUUUUAGUCGUAUUGGUGACAAGGAAAAUGCUGUAUCAGCUUUCCGAAAAACAUAUGAUAAGACCGUAUCUCUAGGUCAAAGACUUGACAUAAUAUUCCACCUGAUACGUCUUGGACUGUUUUUUAUGGAUCAUGAAUUAAUCACCAGGAAUAUAGAUCAAGCAAAAACGUUGAUUGAAGAAGGUGGCGAUUGGGAUAGGAGAAACAGAUUGAAAGUGUACCAAGGUGCUUAUUGUAUGGCAGUUAGGGAUUUCAAAACUGCAGCUACACUUUUCCUGGACACUGUCAGCACAUUCACUUCCUAUGAACUUAUGGAUUAUAAGCAGUUCGUGAGGUAUGCUGUGUAUACCUCUAUCAUAAGUUUGCCAAGGAAUCAAUUGAGAGAUAAGGUAAUCAAAGGCUCUGAAAUCUUGGAAGUGUUACAUUCUGAACCUUUUGUUAAAGAAUAUCUGUUUUCUCUGUACAAUUGUCAAUACUCCGAGUUCUUCACCAAUUUAGCGAGGGUUGAAGAGGUUCUCCGACUUGACUACUUUAUGAAUGCUCAUUAUCGUUUUUAUGUCAGAGAAAUGAGAAUUCUUGCAUACACACAGUUAUUGGAGUCCUACAGAUCCUUGACUCUACAGUACAUGGCUGAAGCAUUUGGAGUAUCUGUUGCGUUUAUUGACCAGGAGUUAUCUACGUUUAUUGCUGCCGAUAGACUUCAUUGUAAGAUUGACAGAGUGGGUGGAAUAGUGGAAACUAACAGACCUGACUUGAAAAAUGCACAAUUCAAUGCUGUUGUUAAGCAAGGCGAUUUGCUUUUGAACCGUGUUCAGAAGUUGUCUAGAGUCAUUAAUAUUUAAUUUCUCUUAUUCGGUUUUUAAAUUAACGAGUAUCAACGAUAGUUUCUCACGAAUUAAACAGUUUUGAUUGUAA